UCUGAUACGUAAGGCAAAAUGUAGAAGAGUGUAAUAAACUAUAUAUAUAAAGAGGAGUUUUAAAAAGGAAGAAAUUAGACGGAAAACACUGAAACCCAUUGCGAAGAAGCAAAAAUCUUGAAUGUCUUUGAACGCCUUCAAGGAGGCCCUCAAGCCCUGCAAUAAUCAAUCCUCCUCGAAUUCCUCCCAAACUUCAUUGAUUUCUACUCAGUUUGAUUCAUCCGCUGUAAACCCUAGAAAGCCCCCCAAAUCUUCUCUUUCACGCCAGCUUCUUCUCCUUGAAGAUUCCUCCACCUCUUCAUCCUGGACCCAAUCACAGAGACCCCAAAAGCAGACCCAUUCCAGCAUUGGAGUCAAAGAUGAGAAAGAAGAGGAAGAAGAAGAGAAGCCCCUGACGUUUGGGCGGUCAAAGUUGGAGUCUUUUGUUCUUGAUCACACCGGGCCUUAUGAGCCUUUGGUUCUGUCUCCUCCCGGAGAAACACCACUAGUACAGGUACCAGCAUCUAUUAAUUGUAGACUUCUGGAGCAUCAAAGAGUGGGAGUUAAAUUUUUGUAUGGUUUAUACUGGAACAACCAUGGAGGUGUUCUAGGAGAUGACAUGGGACUAGGAAAGACGAUCCAAACCAUUGCUUUCUUAGCAGCUGUGUAUGGGAAAGAUGCAGACGUCACUGAUUCAACAUCGAUCUCGGGGGAUCUUGAAAGGAAGGGCCCUGUACUAGUUGUCUGUCCUACUUCUGUGAUUCAUAACUGGGAGAAUGAGUUUUCGAAAUGGGCAACUUUUAGCGUUUAUGUUCAUCAUGGACCGAACCGGGAACUGAUAAUUGAGAAACUAGAAAGGUACGGAGUUGAGAUAACAAUAACGAGUUUUGAUACGUACAGAAUCCAUGGAAGCAUUUUAUCUGAUGUCCAGUGGGAGAUUGUGAUUGUUGAUGAGGCACACCGGCUUAAGAAUGACAAGUCUAAACUCUAUCAAGCUUGUUUAGAAAUUAAAACUAAGAAACGCUACGGGCUCACGGGGACCAUAAUGCAGAACAAAAUUAUGGAAUUGUUCAAUCUAUUCGACUGGGUGGUGCCUGGUUGUUUGGGUACACGUGAACACUUCCGCGAGUUCUAUGAGGAUCCCCUUAAGCAUGGCCAGAGAUCAACGGCUUCAAAUCGACUUGUCGAGGUUGCUGAUGAGAGAAAACAGCACUUGGUAUCAGUUUUGCAGACGUAUUUGUUGAGAAGGACAAAGGAGGAGACCAUCGGACAUCUUAUGCUCGGGAAGGAAGACAACGUUGUAUGUUGUGCCAUGAGUGCAUUGCAAAAGCGAGUUUACCAGAGGAUUCUACAGUUACCCGAUAUCCAGUGCCUUAUCAAUAAGGACAACCCUUGUAGUUGCGGAAGUCGUCUCAAGCAAGUUGAAUGUUGCAAAAGGAUUGUUCCAGAUGGCAUUAUCUGGCCAUACCUUCAUAGAGACAAUCCCGAUGGUUGUGAUUCGUGCCCUUUUUGCCUUGUACUUCCGUGCAUUGUCAAGCUCCAACAGGUGAGCAAUCACUUAGAGCUCAUCAAACCCAAUCCAAAGGAUGAUCCAGACAAGCAAAGAAAGGAUGCAGAAUUUGCGGCUGCUGUAUUUGGCUCUGAUAUCGAUUUGGUGGGUGGCAAUACUCAGAACGAGAGUUUUAUGGGCUUGAGUGAUGUUAAACAUUGCGGGAAAAUGAGAGCUUUGGAAAAACUUAUGUUCACUUGGAUUUCACAGGGUGACAAGAUUCUUCUUUUCAGUUAUUCUGUGAGGAUGCUGGAUAUACUCGAAAAAUUUCUUAUACGCAAAGGAUAUUGUUUCUCGAGACUCGAUGGCUCCACUCCAACCUGCUCGCGUCAGUCUCUUGUAGAUGACUUCAACUCGAGUCCAAGCAAACAGGUGUUUCUCAUAUCAACAAGAGCUGGCGGCCUUGGACUCAACCUCGUUAGUGCGAAUUGCGUAGUAAUAUUUGAUCCAAACUGGAACCCCGCUCAGGAUUUGCAGGCCCAGGAUAGAUCAUUCCGAUUUGGGCAGAAGAGGCAUGUUGUUGUUUUUCGCCUUCUUGCUGCUGGUUCUCUCGAAGAGCUCGUUUACUCUAGACAGGUGUAUAAACAGCAGCUAUCCAAUAUCGCUGUUUCUGGCAAGAUGGAGAAGCGGUACUUUGAAGGCGUGCAGGACUGUAAAGAGUUCCAAGGCGAGCUGUUUGGAAUCUGCAAUCUUUUCCGGGAUCUGUCUGAUAAGCUUUUUACAAGUGAUAUUAUUGAAUUACAAGAGAAUAAAGGCAAGGAAGACGGUGGAAGCCUUAAUCUGAGUGAGCUUGGGAUGCAUUUUCUCCCCGAGAAAUCGUCUUCACUGACAUCCAAAUGCCAAGAACCUAAGAAACGAGAUACGAAACUCGAGCUAGAAGACCUCGGUAUUGUUUAUGCUCAUCGCAAUGAAGAUGUUGUUAACCUCCGACCUGUGGCAAUCCCGACUAGCGAGGAACAGAAUAUGCAACAGCGAAAAUUUGCUGGAGUUUGGAGACGGGAAUUAGAUGCUAUGAAUGGAAAAGAGAAGGCGGGAAAUUCAGAUGAGGUGGUGAAGAUGCAUAAGAAAAGGCAAUAUUGCCGUAUCGCCCAGUUCAUGGGAAUGAAGGAGCUCCAGUUUAGCAAAUGGAUACUCUCUGCAACUCCAGCUGAAAGGGAAAAGGUGCUCAAAGAUUACAAGAAGAGAAAGGAGAAAGUUCUGAAUGGCUGAGAUUUCUUCUUUUUUGGGGGGCUGAAUCAAGUUCUACAAUGUGAUGUAAAUAUUGUUAGUUGCUUACAAAUGUAGUUAGCAGAAGAAGUUGACAUAAGGCUACAUUAGUGCUUAAGAGUGAUGAAGUUUUAAAUGGAAGAUAAGGGUUAAACACUUCAGUA